CACACACACACACACACACACACAUAAAAAUCCUCAAAAAAAAAAGUCAGCAUUCCCGGUGAUGGUAGAAAUAUACUAUUUUUUCCCAAUUCCCUUUUUAAAAAGUUGAUAUAUAGUUGACAUACAACAGUACAUUAUAUUAGUUUCAGGUGUGCAACAUAAUGAUUUGUAUAUGCUGUGAAAUGAUCACCACAGUAAUUCAAGUUAGCAUCUAUCACCACACAUAGUUACAGAUUUUUUUCCUUAGAUGAGAACUUAUAAGAUCUACUUUCUCAGCACCUUUCAUGUAUACAGCACAGUGUUAUUAACUAUAGCCUCACCAUGCUGUGCAUUGCAUCCCCAUGACUUGUUUAUUUUACUAUAACUGGGUGUUUGUACCUUUUCACCCACUUGACCCACUCUCUGUUGCCCACCUCUGGCAAACCAUCCAUCUGUUCUAUUUAUAAGCUUGGUUUGUUUUUGUUCUUUGUUUUCUUUCCUUUGAUCUAGGGCAUUAUCUUUUGCCAAAAUGUAAAUAUUCCCCGAGGGUCUGAAUACCAAACUCUCAUUGUGCAGACCUUAGAGGGGUUGAGAUUAUUUAUCAUAAUACUUUUCACAAGCCCAGGAUGGGUGAGCUUUGAAAAGGCAUGAGGGCACAGCUUGGUUUUUGGGGCCAGGGUGGCAGUGUUGGAGUGGCAUGCUGUGGAAGGAGAGUCAGGGCUACACGGGGUUCUGGCGAUUGGUGGGGGAGGAAUAAGUGCUCUGGGGAGGUGUCCAGGAGGGACUGCAUUUCCCUGACUUAGCGAUUUGGUGUAGAGCCCAGUGUGAGGAAGGGCUGUGUGACGUUUCCAAGAGCUGAGGCUCCCCCAGUCGAGGGAGCGUUAAUGAUCCCAGAGGAGGUCGGAGGUGAACAUGGAUGAAAGCCACACAAAAGCAGGGCAAGGCAGGCUAAUGAGCUUCCGCCUUUCGCUCCUGCCGCCCGGCCUGAUAUUUGAGGUGACAUUUAAAGCCAUUGUACAGAUGAAUGCUCUCUGGAGCCUGUGGAGAGAGGAGCCUGAUUCUCAGCCUCCUGGCUGGCAGCUCCUCAGCCCUGCAGUCUGGGACCCUCUACUGGGCCUUGAAGGCCCCUUACCUUCCAGCAGAUUCUUCAACUCUGCACUCGGAGGGUGUGUGGGGAAACAGGGUACACUCUAGAAUUCAAUUGGAAUAGCUCAGUGAAGUAAGAGAGGAGAGCAGGGAUGGAAGCAGACAGAUCCCAGUUUCAGACUCAUCUGGGGAGCUGGUUAAAAAUGCAGGCCUUGGGGAGUGAGACCAAGUUACCUGCCUGGAUAACCAACCCUCUAAGGUGAUUCUGCUGCCCAUUAAACUUUGAGAACCUCAGAGGUAGAGAAUGAACGAGGUUAGCUGGAAAAGGCCUCUUGGGAGAAGUGGGCUUGAAUUUCAGUGUGACAGGUGGUAACCUGUCUUAGGUGCCAGCCUCGGGUGUGGACCUAGGAAACCUGCUCACCUGGGGACACCCGGCUCUCACAGGAGAGACGGGCCGGUGUCCGUUCCAUCCAUGGAUGGCAUUGCCGAGAAUGUGUUGUCACGGGGCUUCACUUCUCCACUUGGGUGCUCAUCGCCAAGGGGACAGAAGUGGUGUGGGAGGUGGCUGAGGAUGGUGUGUGCUGGAGUGUGUGAUACAUGUUGCAACUGAAGUACAGCUUGCAGGGCAAAAUGGCAGCCUGGUGGAGCCCACUUCCUCGGGCAGAGAUAGUCUUCGCUCUGCUACGCAGACUAGCAAUACUACGACCUUCCCUGGUGAGAUAGCCCUUGUGUCCGACAAGCCAGCCAGUGCCACUGUGGGAACAGUGGUCAUCGUCCCAGGAGAUGAGAGGGAAAGCUCUGGGACAUGACUGCUUCUCCCCUCCCUCCGUGCUGCUUGCCUUCUGCUCCAUACACUUGUGCUGGCUCUGUCUGAUUGGGAACACAGUGUUUCCAUGUUGGGGCGGGCGGAGAGCGGGAGAAAGAACAGUGCCACGUAGGAAGAAGGAACAGGGAAGAGAAGGGAACACAUCCAUGUUCUGGUGAUCAUCCAGACAGGCAUCAGCCCUCUGGGGUGGAUGGGUUGUUGCUGGCCUGGAGAUGCUCCUUGCUUCUGAGAAUGGGUCCCCGUAGCACCAGCCAGGUGGGUUGCAGGAAUCAUGCCAACAGGAAUGACCAUGCUUGCUCCGACCGUGAUGAAAGAAGGAGCGGCCGCAGGAGUAUUGUUUAAGACAAAGCGACAACAACAACAAAACCUAAUAAGGCCCCUUCCUGGCCAAUAUCCCGUCCAUUCUAAUUGCACUGCAGCUAAAUGGCAACUGGGACAGCCUCUUGGAACAUUGUAUUCAUCUUCUGGAGGGGCUGCAUUGAAAGCAGGCUUAUGAGGCUCUGUGGGAGUUGGAGAAAUGAGCAGUGGUGGACCGAGGAGCUCCCGGGAGCCCAGCAUGAUGGGCUGAAGCCAAUCUUUAGUGAAAUUGCUGGCUGAAUGGGUUCAUCCUGGGCCUGACCCCACAGGUGGCGCUUAUGUUCUUAUGUUUACAGUUUGUGGGGGCAGCACUUGCACCCAUGUUGUUAACAUCUUUAUUCCCUCUCUGUCUUUGAAAACGAAGCUGUGUGGAAUGUUUGGCACUUGAUUACUGGAAGGAGGGGAACAGGGCCAGCUGCCUUCUCCAGGCCCGAGAAUGGGACGUGGAAGAGUAACAUUAGCCCCGUCAGAGUAUUCUAGUUCACACAGCUCCCACAUGGUCACUGGGACUUUCUGCCUCACAGGCAGGUGCUCUUUUCAAAGCCUAUCUCUGUCUGGGUCUCCUCAGAUCGAGGUGGGAGCCACGUGUGCAUGCCUCCCAUCUCGGAUUUCUCCCCAGUAGGGUUAGACAGAGCCAUUUUUGGCAUUCUUAUUUGGAGACUGCUCUUCCUCGGCAGCCAGAAGCCCGGAGCCAAAGAAAAAGAUGAAAGGCUGUCACUCAGUAAGAGGCCACACGCAGGCCCUCUCCCGAGCCUGUGCUUGUGGCCUGUCGGCACUGCCCUAGGGUCCUGCCCUACUGUGAGGACCUCCACCUCUCUAUGGAAGACAUCACACUUCCCCAGAGAACAAUCCAGAGCCACAGAAACACUUUGGGAGAGACAGAUGGCACACGCUUCUUCAGCCCAGCCACCAACUAGGUAUUUGAUCAUAAGUCAGUUAUUUAACCUCUUGGCAUGUGGGUUUUCCCUUAUGUACACUGGGGAAAGUGAGUCCCAUCCUACAGACCUCACAGGGUGGCUCAGAGGCCCGAGGGAGAAGAUGGAUGUGAAAGUUCUUUGUGAGCUUGAAAAGUACCGGCCACACCUGAAUGAUGGAGCCUGUUAUUCGUGAAGGAGGGGGAAGCUAAGGGUCAGUGCACUUCUCUCUGGAGAGAGAGGAGGAGGGGUGUGCAUUCUUGUGUUAACUACAGGCUGGAGUCUUGUCCAUUUAAGGUAAUAGUAAAAUAACUCUAGGAGAGCCGGCGAGGUAGCUUCUGGGUGGCGGGGUGUGCUCGGUCCCAGUGCUGCUCUUCAUGAAGAGCCACGAUGCCGUGGUGGAGCAGGGGCAGGGCCAGCCUGGAGGAGACGUGGCUCUGCUGCCUUCUCCCUCUCCCUCCUAGCUCCUGCCCUAGGCCAGGCCUCCUCCUCAGUCUGAAUUCUGUUGGAAUCUGCAGCCUGUGUCAUCUUGGAAGCCUGAGCCUCUAGGAAGAGCUGACGCUGAGGAGGCCUGCUCCUGCCGGCUUCCAGAUGGAGACCAGGAGGCCUGGGAGGCCAGCAUUUCUACUGGAACAGUGAGAAGACAUUGCUGGCAUGGCCUGGGCUGGGCGAAAGCAGCGAUGCAUGUGCACAUGGCUGCUGGGUAGUUUUUAGGCUUGGAGUCCAAAGUGGUUCUGGACCUGGGGUCCUCUUGACUUCACUUAUGCAAACAGGACUUCUGGUCACCUGGGAGCACAGCCUUACUGGGUCAGCAGCCAGCAUCCUGUAAAAUGGGUUCCCAGCAAUACAAGGCCAGGGUGCCUGUCAUUCUUCCACAGGCUUUAGGUGGUACCCAGGGACCGAGGCCCUUGUAAUCCACUCCUUUUCCUAACUUAAAAAACAAAACCAUGUGGUGUGCACAGACAUUUGCCUCUUCACUCAUUCAGUUAGUAAAUACUUAGGCACUUGCAAAGUUCAAGACUCUUCAAGGUUCAGUGAUGAUCACAGAGCAGAUCCUGUCUUCAUGGAGUUUUUGGCUGAGUCAGGAGAUGGGAAGGAGGACCAGGGAAGGCUGCCUGACUCUGUGGCUACGUGUUGGUAAAACCAGGAAGACUUGGCCACAGUGAAUACUUGGCCGUAGGAUGGCCAUGCUCUGGACAGAAAGAUCAGGAGCCAUUUGCACAGAGGUGGGAAAGCAUGGGAUGUAAGGGCUAUGGGAGCUGAGGAUCUGGCUAGAGGAAGAGGGGUUGGAGCAGAAGGGGGAAGGAGCCCUUGAGCACCACCAUUCACCACGUGCUGGACCAGAGGUUUUAGGUCCUUCCUUUCUUGGGAACCUCACAACAGCUCAGUGAAGCAAAUACUCUUCUCUCUAGUUUCCAGAGGAGGAAGCUGGGUUGGAGUAAAGUGAUUAAGGCCAGGCAACUGUUAAGUGGUAGCAGGAUUUGAACCCAUAUCCAUGUGACUGGAGUCCAUGCUCUCUCUACUCUAACAGAGGAUCCACAAAGGGAGAUGGAGUCUGUGGCCUUUUUCUGACCACAUGGGUCCAGCAGCCUUGGGCCUGGGGUGCCUGUGGUUCCCACGGAAUAAGGCAGUGAGGCUCUGGCUCUUGUAGCCUGGCCUCAGAGUCCAGGAUGGCUGAGUUCCUGGCUUCCUAUCCCUGUCUCCUGUUAGGAGAGCCACUGGCCUUUGGCAUGGAAGGCAGGGGAAGCCAGGAUGGCAGGAGAUCCUGGAAUGACAUCUAAGAUAUGACCUUGACUGUGCAGUUUCAUUCCCAAGACCACUUCUCUGCUCCCUUCUUUGUGAAGGUGCUCCCUGGUGCCCUCCCCUGCGUCUCUUGACCUCCCUUUGGGCCCCUGCAGGCUCGGUCUGCACCAGGCGGCAGUGUUCCGCACUUGUUCCUUUGUUGCUGUGAAACAGGCUCCCGGCACAGUCAGCCUCUGUGUGGGAGGAUUGGUGGCUGUCUUCGCAGGCAGGCAUUUGCUUCGAGCAGGCUGUGCGCAAGCCCAGCGUCAAGAAAUUCCGGCCUCCUCAAGUUGGCGGUGGUGGGACGAGGCUCUGCUGAGGGGACUGGCUGUGAAGGAUGAGUUCAGGGGGGGAUGACGGACCGCUUCUGGGAACAGUGGUAUCUUUGGUAUCUCCGCUUGCUCCGGCUGCUGGAUCGAGGCUCUUUUCGGAAUGAUGGUUUGAAAGCUUCUGAUGUCCUUCCCAUCCUAAAGGAAAAAGUGGCCUUCGUGUCUGGGGGCCGUGAUAAGCGAGGUGGACCCAUCCUGACCUUCCCUGCUCGCAGCAAUCAUGACAGAAUAAGACAGGAAGACCUGCGGAAACUGGUGACCUAUCUGGCCAGCGUGCCAAGCGAGGACGUGUGCAAACGUGGCUUCACUGUCAUCAUCGACAUGCGGGGGUCCAAGUGGGACCUCAUCAAGCCCCUCCUCAAGACACUGCAAGAAGCCUUUCCUGCUGAGAUCCAUGUGGCCCUCAUCAUCAAACCCGACAAUUUCUGGCAGAAACAGAAGACCAACUUUGGCAGCUCCAAAUUCAUCUUUGAGACAAGCAUGGUGUCCGUGGAGGGCCUCACGAAGCUGGUGGACCCCUCCCAGCUGACGGAGGAGUUCGAUGGCUCCCUGGACUACAACCACGAGGAGUGGAUCGAGCUGCGGCUCUCCCUGGAGGAGUUCUUCAACAGCGCCGUACACCUGCUCUCACGCCUUGAAGACCUGCAGGAGAUGCUGGCCCGGAAGGAGUUCCCCGUGGAUGUGGAGGGCUCGAGGCGGCUAAUUGAUGAACACACACAGCUGAAGAAGAAGGUGCUGAAGGCGCCUGUGGAGGAGCUGGACCGGGAGGGGCAGCGACUGCUGCAGUGCAUCCGCUGCAGUGACGGCUUCUCAGGGCGCAACUGCAUCCCGGGCAGUGCCGACUUCCAGAGCUUGGUGCCCAAGAUCACCAGCCUGUUGGACAAGCUGCACUCCACCCGGCAGCACCUGCACCAGAUGUGGCAUGUGCGCAAGCUCAAGUUAGACCAGUGCUUCCAGCUGCGGCUCUUCGAGCAGGAUGCUGAAAAGAUGUUUGACUGGAUAAGCCACAACAAGGAGUUAUUCCUCCAGAGCCAUACAGAGAUUGGAGUCAGCUACCAGCAUGCCCUAGACCUCCAGACACAGCACAAUCACUUUGCCAUGAACUCCAUGAAUGCCUAUGUCAACAUCAACCGCAUCAUGUCUGUGGCUUCCCGCCUCUCAGAGGCUGGCCACUAUGCUUCACAGCAAAUCAAGCAGAUCUCCACGCAGCUAGACCAGGAGUGGAAGAGUUUCGCAGCUGCCCUGGAUGAACGCAGCACCAUCCUCGCCAUGUCUGCUGUGUUCCAUCAGAAGGCUGAGCAGUUCUUGUCGGGAGUGGAUGCCUGGUGCAAGAUGUGCAGUGAAGGUGGCCUGCCCUCUGAGAUGCAGGACCUGGAGCUGGCGAUCCACCACCACCAGUCUUUGUAUGAGCAGGUGACCCAGGCCUACACAGAGGUCAGCCAGGAUGGCAAAGCACUGCUAGAUGUGCUGCAGCGGCCCCUGAGUCCCGGGAACUCCGAGUCCCUCACAGCCACAGCCAACUACUCCAAGGCGGUGCACCAGGUGCUGGAUGUGGUGCACGAAGUGCUGCACCACCAGCGGCGGCUCGAGAGCAUCUGGCAGCACCGCAAGGUGCGGCUCCACCAGCGCCUGCAGCUCUGCGUCUUCCAGCAGGACGUCCAGCAGGUGUUAGAUUGGAUUGAAAACCACGGCGAGGCCUUUCUCAGCAAGCACACAGGGGUCGGGAAGUCUCUGCACCGAGCUCGGGCCCUGCAGAAGAGGCACGAUGACUUUGAAGAGGUGGCUCAGAAUACAUACACCAAUGCGGACAAGCUCCUAGAAGCGGCAGAGCAGCUGGCUCAGACGGGGGAAUGUGACCCGGAGGAGAUCUACAAGGCAGCUAGACACCUGGAGGUGCGCAUCCAAGACUUCGUGCGCAGGGUGGAGCAGCGGAAGCUUCUGCUGGACAUGUCUGUCUCCUUCCAUACUCACACCAAAGAGCUAUGGACAUGGAUGGAAGACCUUCAGAAGGAGAUGCUGGAGGAUGUCUGUGCAGACUCUGUGGAUGCGGUCCAGGAACUGAUCAAGCAGUUCCAGCAGCAGCAGACCGCUACUCUGGAUGCCACACUUAAUGUCAUCAAGGAGGGCGAAGACCUUAUCCAGCAACUCAGGUCAGCGCCUCCCUCCCUGGGGGAGCCCAGCGAGGCCAGGGACUCGGCUGUGUCCAACAACAAGACGCCCCAUAGUAGCUCCAUCAGCCACAUAGAGUCGGUUCUGCAGCAGCUGGAUGACGCCCAGGUGCAAAUGGAGGAGCUGUUCCACGAACGCAAGAUCAAGCUGGACAUCUUCCUGCAGCUGCGCAUCUUUGAGCAGUACACCAUUGAGGUGACAGCAGAGCUCGACGCUUGGAAUGAGGAUUUGCUUCGGCAGAUGAAUGACUUCAACACGGAGGAUCUAACACUGGCGGAACAGCGGCUGCAGCGCCACACAGAGCGGAAGCUAGCCAUGAACAACAUGACCUUUGAGGUCAUCCAGCAGGGCCAGGAUCUGCACCAGUACAUCAUGGAGGUCCAGGCCUCAGGGAUUGAGUUAAUCUGUGAAAAAGACAUUGAUCUGGCAGCCCAGGUACAAGAGCUAUUAGAGUUUCUCCAUGAGAAACAGCAUGAGUUGGAGCUCAACGCAGAGCAGACCCACAAGCGACUUGAGCAGUGCCUCCAACUACGGCACCUCCAGGCCGAGGUCAAACAGGUCCUAGGAUGGAUCCGCAAUGGGGAGUCAAUGCUCAAUGCCAGCCUGGUCAACGCCAGCUCUUUGUCUGAAGCAGAGCAGCUACAGCGGGAGCAUGAGCAGUUCCAACUCGCCAUCGAGUCCCUCUUUCAUGCCACUUCCUUGCAGAAGACACACCAGAGCGCCCUGCAGGUUCAGCAGAAAGCUGAGGCGCUGCUCCAGGCUGGUCACUAUGAUGCAGAUGCCAUCCGGGAAUGUGCUGAGAAGGUGGCCCUCCACUGGCAGCAACUCAUGCUCAAGAUGGAAGACCGACUGAAACUGGUCAAUGCCUCAGUGGCCUUUUAUAAAACUUCUGAGCAGGUCUGUAGUGUCCUGGAGAGCUUAGAGCAAGAAUACCGAAGAGAUGAGGACUGGUGUGGUGGACGAGAUAAAUUGGGGCCAGCAGCAGAGAUCGACCACGUCAUUCCACUCAUCAGUAAACAUUUGGAACAAAAGGAAGCCUUUCUUAAGGCCUGCACCCUGGCACGGCGGAAUGCUGAGGUCUUUCUCAAGUACAUCCAUAGGAACAACGUCAGCAUGCCCAGUGCUGCCAGCCACACCCGAGGACCCGAACAGCAAGUGAAAGCCAUCCUGAGUGAGCUCUUACAGAGGGAGAACCGUGUCCUGCACUUCUGGACAUUGAAGAAGCGGCGGUUAGACCAGUGUCAGCAAUACGUGGUGUUUGAGCGAAGUGCCAAGCAGGCACUAGACUGGAUCCAAGAAACAGGUGAAUAUUACCUCUCAACACAUACCUCCACCGGGGAGACCACAGAGGAGACUCAGGAACUGCUGAAAGAAUAUGGGGAGUUCAGAGUGCCUGCCAAGCAAACAAAGGAGAAGGUGAAGCUUCUGAUUCAGCUGGCUGAUAGCUUUGUGGAAAAAGGUCACAUUCAUGCCACAGAGAUCAGGAAAUGGGUGACCACAGUGGACAAGCAUUACAGAGACUUCUCACUGAGGAUGGGAAAAUACCGGUACUCCCUGGAGAAAGCCCUAGGAGUCAACACGGAGGAUAACAAGGACCUGGAGCUGGACAUCAUCCCAGCAAGCCUUUCAGAUCGUGAGGUCAAGCUCCGGGAUGCCAACCACGAGGUUAAUGAAGAGAAGCGGAAAUCAGCCAGGAAAAAAGAAUUCAUUAUGGCAGAAUUGCUCCAGACAGAGAAGGCUUAUGUGAGGGACUUACAUGAGUGCUUAGAGACCUACCUGUGGGAAAUGACCAGUGGUGUGGAGGAGAUCCCCCCUGGGAUCCUUAAUAAGGAGCAUAUCAUCUUUGGCAACAUCCAGGAGAUCUACGAUUUUCAUAACAACAUCUUCCUCAAAGAACUGGAGAAGUAUGAGCAGCUGCCUGAGGAUGUGGGACACUGCUUUGUUACUUGGGCAGACAAAUUUCAGAUGUACGUCACCUACUGUAAAAACAAGCCUGAUUCCAACCAGCUGAUCCUGGAGCAUGCAGGCACCUUCUUUGAUGAGAUACAGCAGCGGCAUGGUCUGGCCAACUCCAUUUCUUCCUACCUAAUUAAGCCUGUCCAGAGGAUUACCAAGUACCAGCUGCUCCUGAAGGAACUUUUAACUUGCUGUGAAGAAGGAAAAGGGGAGCUCAAGGAAGGCCUGGAGGUGAUGCUUAGUGUUCCAAAGAGAGCCAACGACGCCAUGCACGUCAGCAUGCUGGAAGGGUUCGACGAGAACCUGGACGUGCAGGGGGAGCUGAUUUUACAAGAUGCCUUUCAAGUGUGGGACCCCAAAUCGCUGAUCCGGAAAGGGCGGGAGCGACACCUAUUCCUCUUUGAGAUCUCCUUGGUUUUCAGCAAGGAGAUCAAAGACUCUUCAGGACACACGAAAUAUGUUUACAAGAACAAGCUACUGACCUCAGAGCUGGGUGUGACCGAACACGUAGAGGGCGAUCCCUGCAAAUUCGCCUUGUGGUCUGGGCGCACCCCAUCCUCAGACAAUAAAACAGUGCUGAAAGCCUCCAACAUAGAAACCAAGCAGGAGUGGAUCAAGAACAUUCGAGAGGUGAUUCAAGAAAGGAUCAUUCACCUGAAAGGAGCUUUGAAGGAGCCGAUUCAGCUCCCCAAAACACCAGCCAAACAGAGGAACAAUAGUAAGAGGGAUGGAGUGGAGGAUGUUGACAGCCAGGGGGAUGGGAGCAGCCAGCCAGACACCAUCUCCAUUGCCUCUAGGACCUCCCAGAACACAGCGGACAGUGACAAGCUCUCUGGCGGCUGUGAGUUGACCGUGGUGCUCCAGGACUUCAACGCAGGCCACAGCAGCGAGCUGAGCAUCCAGGUGGGACAGACGGUGGAGCUGCUAGAGCGGCCGGGCGAGCGGCCGGGCUGGUGUCUGGUCCGAACCACGGAGCGGAGCCCCCCCCAGGAGGGCCUGGUCCCCAGCAGCGCCCUGUGCAUCUCCCACUCCCGAAGCAGCGUGGAGAUGGACUGCUUCUUCCCCCUGGUGAAAGAUGCGUACUCUCAUUCUUCAAGUGAAAACGGAGGCAAGUCCGAGUCGGUGGCCAACCUGCAGGCCCAACCAUCCCUGAACUCCAUCCACAGCUCCCCUGGGCCCAAGCGUUCCACCAACACCCUGAAGAAGUGGCUGACGAGUCCCGUGCGCCGGCUUAACAGUGGGAAAGCAGACGGAAACAUCAAGAAGCAGAAGAAAGUACGAGAUGGUCGGAAGAGCUUUGACCUGGGAUCUCCCAAGCCUGGGGAUGAGACGACCCCUCAGGGAGACAGCGCUGAUGAGAAGAGCAAGAAAGGUUGGGGUGAAGAUGAGGCAGAUGAAGAGUCACACACACCCCUCCCCCCGCCUAUGAAGAUCUUUGACAACGACCCCACGCAGGACGAAAUGUCCUCCUCUUUGCUAGCAGCCCGGCAGGCUUCCACCGAAGUACCUACUGCUGCAGACCUUGUCAGUGCGAUAGAACAGUUGGUCAAAAGCAAGCUGAGUCUGGAAGGAGGCUCUUACCGAGGGAGCUUGAAAGACCCCACAGGCUGCCUGAAUGAAGGCAUGACCCCACCCACACCUCCCAGAAAUCUGGAAGAAGAACAGAAAGCCAAGGCCCUGAGAGGCAGGAUGUUUGUCCUGAAUGAACUGGUACAGACAGAGAAGGACUAUGUCAAGGACCUGGGAAUUGUGGUGGAGGGUUUCAUGAAGAGAAUAGAAGAAAAGGGUGUCCCCGAGGACAUGCGAGGAAAGGAUAAAAUCGUGUUUGGAAAUAUUCACCAGAUUUAUGAUUGGCAUAAGGAUGUUUUCCUGGGUGAACUGGAAAAAUGUAUCCAGGAGCAAGACAGAUUGGCACAGCUCUUUAUUAAAUAUGAGCGGAAGCUGCACAUCUACGUGUGGUACUGCCAGAACAAGCCACGCUCCGAGUACAUCGUUGCCGAGUACGACGCCUACUUUGAAGAGGUGAAACAAGAGAUAAAUCAAAGGCUGACGCUUAGCGACUUCCUUAUCAAGCCCAUUCAGAGAAUAACAAAAUAUCAAUUGCUCCUCAAGGACUUCCUGAGAUACAGCGAGAAGGCUGGUUUGGAGUGUUCAGAUAUUGAGAAAGCAGUGGAGUUAAUGUGCCUUGUUCCAAAACGCUGCAAUGACAUGAUGAACCUGGGACGCCUGCAGGGCUUUGAGGGGACCCUGACUGCUCAGGGCAAGCUGCUGCAGCAGGACACAUUCUACGUGAUUGAGCUGGACGCUGGCAUGCAGUCGCGGACCAAGGAGAGGCGUGUGUUCCUCUUUGAGCAAAUCGUCAUCUUCAGUGAACUGCUCAGGAAGGGCUCCCUCACCCCAGGCUACAUGUUCAAAAGGAGCAUCAAGAUGAACUACUUGGUCCUGGAGGAGAACGUGGACAAUGACCCCUGCAAGUUUGCGCUUCUGAACAGGGAGACUUCAGAGAGGGUCAUUCUGCAAGCCGCCAAUGCUGACAUCCAGCAGGCCUGGGUGCAGGACAUCAACCAAGUCUUAGAAACACAGCGAGACUUCUUAAAUGCCCUACAGUCGCCCAUUGAGUAUCAGCGGAAAGAAAGGAGCACAGCCGUGAUGAGGUCCCAGCCUGCUAGGGUUCCCCAAGCCAGCCCCAGGCCCUACUCCUCCAUCCCCGUGGGCUCCGAGAAGCCCCCAAAGGGCUCCAGCUAUAACCCGCCUCUGCCACCCCUGAAGAUAUCUACCUCCAAUGGCAGUCCAGGGUUUGACUACCACCAGGCUGGGGACAAGUUUGAGGCCAGCAAGAGUGACCUGGGAGGCUGCAAUGGGGCCUCAUCCAUGGCCGUGAUCAAAGAUUAUUAUGCACUGAAGGAGAAUGAAAUCUGUGUGAGCCAAGGUGAGGUGGUCCAGGUCCUCGCCGUCAACCAGCAGAACAUGUGCCUGGUGUACCAGCCCGCUAGCGACCACUCCCCUGCCGCUGAGGGCUGGGUCCCUGGCAGCAUCCUGGCGCCCCUCACCAAAGCCACGGCAGCCACAGAAAAUAGUGACGGGAGCAUCAAGAAGUCAUGUUCAUGGCAUACUCUACGCAUGAGAAAGCGGGCAGAAGUGGAGAACACGGGUAAAAAUGAAGCCACAGGGCCUCGUAAACCCAAGGAUAUUCUGGGCAACAAAGUCUCUGUUAAAGAGACGAACAGUUCCGAGGAGUCAGAGUGUGAUGAUCUUGACCCUAAUACUAGCAUGGAGAUCUUAAAUCCAAAUUUCAUCCAAGAAGUGGCGCCAGAAUUCCUCGUGCCCUUAGUGGAUGUGACCUGCUUGCUUGGGGACACAGUGACUCUGCAGUGCAAAGUCUGUGGGCGGCCAAAGCCCACCAUCACUUGGAAGGGUCCAGACCAGAACGUCCUUGACACCGACAACAGCUCAGCUACAUACACCGUCUCCUCCUGUGACUCUGGGGAAAUCACCCUGAAAAUCUGCAAUCUGAUGCCCCAAGACAGCGGUAUCUAUACCUGCAUAGCAGCAAACGACCAUGGUACUGCGUCAACAUCUGCUACUGUUAAAGUGCAAGGUGUUCCAGCAGCCCCUAACCGCCCCAUUGCCCAAGAGAGAAGCUGCACUUCCGUGAUCCUCCGCUGGCUGCCCCCAUCCAGCACGGGAAACUGCACCAUUUCCGGUUACACCGUGGAGUACAGAGAGGAAGGUUCCCAGGCCUGGCAGCAGUCAGUAGCGUCGACCUUGGACACCUACCUUGUCAUUGAAGACCUCAGUCCUGGGAGUCCUUAUCAGUUCAGAGUCAGUGCCAGUAACCCCUGGGGGAUCAGCCUGCCCAGCGAGCCCUCAGAAUUCGUGCGACUUCCAGAGUACGACGCUGCUGCCGAUGGUGCCACCAUUUCUUGGAAGGAAAAUUUUGAUUCAGCUUAUACUGAGCUGAAUGAAAUUGGAAGAGGCCGGUUCUCCAUAGUAAAGAAGUGCAUUCACAAAGCUACUCGCAAAGAUGUUGCUGUGAAAUUUGUUAGCAAAAAAAUGAAGAGAAAAGAGCAGGCCGCGCACGAGGCUGCCCUGCUUCAGCACCUGCAGCACCCGCAGUACGUCACGCUGCACGACACCUACGAGUCCCCCACGUCCUACAUCCUCAUUCUGGAGCUGAUGGACGAUGGCCGACUCUUAGACUACCUUAUGAAUCAUGAUGAGCUGAUGGAAGAAAAAGUAGCUUUCUACAUUCGAGACAUCAUGGAAGCCCUGCAGUACCUUCAUAACUGCAGAGUUGCACAUUUGGACAUAAAGCCUGAAAACCUGCUCAUUGACCUACGGAUUCCAGUGCCUCGAGUGAAGCUCAUUGACUUGGAGGAUGCUGUCCAGAUCUCAGGUCACUUCCAUAUCCACCACCUGCUGGGGAACCCCGAGUUUGCUGCCCCAGAAGUGAUCCAGGGCAUCCCUGUAUCCCUGGGCACCGACAUCUGGAGCAUCGGGGUUUUGACAUACGUCAUGCUGAGUGGGGUCUCCCCCUUCUUGGAUGAGAGCAAGGAGGAGACAUGUAUCAAUGUGUGCAGGGUGGACUUCAGCUUUCCCCAUGAGUACUUCUGUGGUGUGAGCAAUGCUGCCAGAGAUUUCAUCAAUGUGAUCCUACAGGAAGACUUUCGGAGGCGGCCCACGGCAGCCACCUGCCUGCAGCAUCCGUGGCUGCAGCCCCACAAUGGCAGCUACUCCAAGAUCCCCCUGGACACCUCCCGCUUGGCGUGCUUCAUCGAGCGCCGCAAGCAUCAGAAUGAUGUGCGCCCCAUUCCCAACGUCAAAAGCUACAUUGUCAAUCGGCUAAACCAAGGCACGUAGCCAUCUCCCAGCCCUCGUGGUUUCACAUGGAAGUGCAGUGUGAACCAAAGCAAGACUGAAUGUGUCUGUAAAUAAUUCUGUCCAUCAUUCACUCCAUGUGGUUCUCUGGAUUGAGAGAUGUACCUCUUAAGCCUCCUCAGUGGUUUGUCAAGGUCUGAGCAGCAGUGAAAUCACCCUAAAUCCAGGGACUUUCCAGAAGGUCGUUCAGAAGAGAUACAGAUGUAGAGUCACGGAAAGUAUUCAGAAAAGAGGCAGAGAUAACAAGAAUAGCAGCUGUUAUGACAUUUUAACUGUGUUCCAAAAUGAGUGGUUAACUUGGCAAAACAUAAGAUCACUGAAGAAAGAAUAAAGGUUCCUGCCUUUGCUGAAAUUUUAAGCAAGAAGUUCUAUUUAACAGAGAUGUCAUGUAUGUCAACUGUACCGGUUUAGAUUACUUACAUAUAGUUUCUUAAUAGGAUACAUGUACACAUACAGUAAAAAUAUAUCGCAUUCAACUUUCAGAGUUUUAUAAUAUAGAGAUAUAUAUGAAAUCAAUCUUAAGUAACUUUGAGUGCUCCAGUUAAGACAGUAACUUAUGUACCGAAGCAUUACAUUGUUUUGACUAAGCACAAUUAGAUGACAGGUUUUGGGUUUUUUUUCUAAAGCCUUUUAUAAAUCUUGUAUAGAACUCUUUUACCAGAACCUGUGCAUUAAAAGAAAGCAAUGUUACCCUUUUGCAAUCUGUGAGUGAGAAGAUUUUUCUCUCGGUCACAGGUAUUUGACUAACUUAGGUUCUGUUUAUGAAAUGCUAUCCCCGGAUUCACUGGCAGCUCAGAGUUCAUCUGGCAGGAAAGCCUGCCAGGGAAUAAGUCCAAAUAUAGCAUGAGUUGUGGGGCUAUUUUUUAUGUCUACACUUGAUUUGAAAUAGGUAACGAGUAAAACAGGUUCAUACAAAAGUGCAAAUAGAAACCUUUCCUGCAGUUCCUGUGAAGAACGUACCCACACUUUCUGAUGUCUUCUGCAGCUGUAGAAUGCAGUCCUCAGAAAGCUAGCCUGCUUUAUUUCUAACCCCUUAGAGAAAUGAAGGGGUGCUUACCAAAAGGAAGCAGCCAUACAGGCCUUUCAAAGGCCUGGUCCCAAGUCCUUUUUGAAGCCAUGGAAUAAAAUCUGAUACGUCAUCCUAACAGAGCAUUGAGUUUUAACUGCAAUUGCAAUAUCUAUCACUGCUCAGCCACCAAUAUUUCCCUGGACUAAAAGGACUAAUUGCAUUUUGAGGCCGACGCUGCUUUCUGGUAUAUAUUCUCCAUACAAGAUGGUUAUGAACUGCCUUUUUUUCCACUGGUGGAAAAAAAAUUAAACCUGGGCAUUUCAUAGUCUCUUUCUUUCUUUCUUUUUCCUCGGUUUUUGGGAGAUUUGUUUUUGAGUUUUGUACAUGAGCCAUCUUUUGUUUCCUAGAAUGUGUUUUUUAAAUUACUCUUAUGCAAAUGCUAUUUUAAAAAAUAUAACUUAAGUGUUUGUUCAAAUCAGGUUUAAUGGCAUUGCUUCUCUCUUAUAAAAAGACUGAGAAAAUUAAAAUCAUGCAGCACAGAAGUGCAAGCAGAGAGUUUAUGAAGGAUAAAUAGAACUAUAAACCUAUCUUAAUGAAGAAGAAUGAUGGAAACUAAGCCUGAACUUUAAUAUAUAAAAUACUUAUUCCUGCAGUGGAAAUGUAGAAUUAAAAAUACUCAUCAUUCUUUUCCAUUGACUUCAAAGUCAACUUCUUCAUCCAUGCUCCACCUCAUCCCAUCUAAGAUUAUAGACUAAUAAAUUAGUAGAAAGUACAAGCAAUAAGACUAGAUAGCACUUAUGUAUUUUCAGGAUUAACCAAAUAAGUGGAAACUGAUUCUGACUGUAUUUGUUUCCCAGUUUUCGAAUGGCCCUGGGCCACCAAGGCUACUUUCUCAGAGCUCUCUAACCCUUCAUAUUCUUCAUUUAAACCCAUAGUUCUAUACCAAUACUAUAUGAUACAAUAUUUUGAAAUUUAAAACAAGUUUACUAAAAACUCUUUUAGUAAACAUGUCUUUGUUAUAAGAUAUAACAUAAAAGAAGAAAGCCUGGUCCCUCGGGCUCAUCAUGGGAUAGAUACAGGCACUGAGGAUUCUGAAUAUCUGUACAGUAUGGCUUGGCAAGUUAUUUUCCAUCCACUGUGGAUGAUAACUAAAAAGCCCCCUGAUGAAUCUUUAUGAGUUUUUAUGACCAUGUAGGAGACAAGCUGAGUUUUUGCUUGAGAAGGAUAAUGGUGUCCAGACUGCACAGGAGAGCAUUAAUGAAAUUGUGCUGUUGGGAGGGCAAGAAUGUUAGAGCCAAAGCAUUUAUAACAGCUUUCACAUCAGAGUUGGAAUGGUCCAGAUGGAAGGCAAGUAUGAUUUUGUUAACUGGAGCCAAAGAACAAUCAUUAGAAUAGAAUGAAUUUAAUAGUGGCCCCAAGAGAAAGGGUAUAUAUUUUAUAUGGUUUGAUAACUGAAGAAAGCCAACAGGGAGACAUCCUAUCUUCAAAGCUCCUGGUCCUUCCCAAUGAGGAUAAGUUGAUUGUGUUCCUGGUUCAGGAAUUCUCUUUAGCAAGUUGGAAAUAACAAGGAAUCCCAGAAGAUGGGGCUGGGAAAUAUACUCUAGCUGCUCUGUGGGCAACUGUGGUGAGGGAUGAAGGAUUAGGAACCACUUUCUUGUACCUAUUUUGGCAGAGAGAUUUAUUACUUUGUGGUAGAGAAGAGGGGAGAGAUGAGAAAAUAGUCCCCUUCUAAUUAUGGUAAUUUUUGCAAUCAAAACUUAACUAGGAAUCAGUAAGAAUGAACUUCCAGUUGAAAUGGGAAAAAUAAAUAUUGGUUAAAGUCACAAGUUUCUUGCUUGGCUUAUAUCCAUUGUAUAGGGUUUUGGGUUUUUUUGUUGUAUAAGGAUGGGAUGCAGAAAGAAGGAAAAGAUCAGGGACAACCCACAAUAAUUUUUUAAAGGUAUAUAUAGUAAUUUACUACAUCUUUUACAUUGGUUUCAAAUUAAACAGAUUUGUAUCCACUUACAGCUGAAUGUGAGAAAAUUUUUAAGAAAAAAAAUUGUAACGUUGGAGGUGUCCUUCAGGUCUCUCACAGCCAUAAACACUCUUGGGGGGAACAGAGGAAGCAGAGGAAAAGCUGGCUGUACCGCUUAAGUCUUUAUAAAUAGUAGUGCCUUUCAGAGGGGAGGAUGGGAGAUAAAGAAGUUCAUUGUAUUUAGAUUGACUGAUAUUGCAGCAUUUUUUCCUUAAAAUAUCUUUUAAAUUAAACCAUCUGAACAUAGGGUGAGCCCAGGAAUUCUUGAGUUUCAACCUCAGCUGUUCCUGAUUCGUCCUUUCUUACAGAAAGUCUUUGUUUUUUUCUUCCCCAAAUAUCCCCAUUGUGAAAAUGGGAGUUGGGGGAAGGAGGGAGGAAUUAAUCUUAUAGGAAUGUGGGGAAAAUACCUUAGUUGGGAUGUCUAGAAAAUACUUUGAUUUUUUAAAAAGUGCUACACACUGCCAGUGCUAAGAAUUUUAUUGAUGGUAACUUUGAACAUUCCAAGAUUUCAAUAUUCAUGACUUUAGAUACCAUUUACAAACUUAUGAGAUUAAAUUCUGUAAAUUGAUUUUAAUUGGAAGUACUAGGUGCUCUUUGUCUGAAUGUUAUUUGAUCUUAGCCUGUAAUUUCAAUCAUUUAAAAGCUUAUUUACAGAAAAAGGUUAGGAGAGCUGAUGAAGUGUUUGUCAAUAAACUGUUUUCUCGAGAAUGUCUUAUGGCAGAAGCACAGAGUAAGAUGCCCUCCAAAGCAACCACGACUCUCUUCUCAAGCUUUAUGCUCUAGAAAAAUUGACAGAGAAAAGCCCAAACAGCCACUUUCCUCACUGGGAGGGCAGAGAUGAGAAUAAAAUAUUUUCUGAUAUCACAACUCAUUUCUUUAGAAUCUCACAGGUUUCUAUAAUAAGAGGCAAAUUAAAUGCACAGGUGUAGAAAUGAACUGUUUUUGGAGGGAAAACUUGGGAUCUUUUUCUUUUUUUUUUUAAGAUAACUAGAUGUUCUGGAAGUAGCAUAUUUGUUUUUCCAUAGUCUCCAUGAUUUAGUGCUGGUGAGUUAGUUGUUACUUUUUUCUUGCCUUGUGGAAGAGCAUGGACAUUUAGAUUUGUGAGACUACAAAGGGGCAAAUAUGUUAUAAACUAGAUGCUGGUUAUUUCUGAAUAUUAAGUAAAACUUUGUCCCGUAAAUUUGAUAGAGGAGGGGAAAAGUGCAAACUCACCACAUCCUUGUUCAGUUUUGAGAAAUGUGGGGCUUAUUUAUUUCCCUCCUGUGUAGCAUCUCCGUGGAGUCUGGGUUAGGCAACCACAGAAUGUGAGCUUUCAGUGGGUUUAUUAGCAUUACAGUUUUCUUAACUAUUUAAAAUCUAGGGAUCAUUUGGAAAUGAAUAACUAAACCCAAGGUGGGGUUAGAAAAGAUAAGAUUUACCCAUUCUCUACUAAGAAAAGGGGAACUACUAUGUUAAUAUACAUUUUCUAAAAACUAAAAGGUUCUUUGUUUCAUUAAUUCUAGAGGGUUAAAAACAGCUGAAAUUUAUCCAUAGCAUUAGAUAUCUUUAAUAGAGAAUAUUAUUCAUGUGAGAAAUAUACACAAAAAUAGUAGAACACAGGCCAUAUUUUCUAUGAAAGACAUUUCUUCCUCAUUUUCAAUACAUGUAGAAGUUAGAAGAGAGGAAAAAACAAUUACUCUCAGACAAAUUUUCAUCUUUAAGGGACAUUUAUGAAAAGAUUGAAAUUAAUACUCAUGGGCUAUUGUGUUUCCUGUUAGCCUGUUUGCUGGGAGAUUCUAAAUUGUGGUCAGAUUCUGUUUUUAUUCAGAUGAACAAGAUUAACUGCUUAUUCAGAUAACUGUUAUUUUGGAUAAUGAGGAUGGCUGAAGAAAUGGAAAAGAGUGCAAAUGAAUUUACUAGCUGAGGAAUAGCUAGUGUAAGAGUGCCCGACUUCCAUCAAGAAAUGAAGCCACAUCUUGGAGUAUUAUGGGGACUGUUACUAUGAUCUCAAAGACUGUGGUUAUGAAUUUGAAGGUAACAAAACAUACGUCUUCUCUUACUAACUUAAGCCAUAUACGUCAUCUCUAUGAUUGAUUUUUUUUGACCCCGGUGCUUUUACUUCUGUUUCUGCCAAACUUUGGCCUACUCUAUGGGGAAGGUGAGUGAGUAAAACUAGUAGUUAGGACAAAUGUGAAGACUGAAAAAACUAAACGUGUUCUUCAGAACGAGAUCCUAGUCAGAGCACAGUAGUGAUCAAAGUGCAAACUGUUGGAAAAUCUGGAUAUAUGUACAUCUGUACAUGUAUAUAGUGUAUAAUAUGUAUGUAUAUGUUAUUGCUCAUAUGCAGAAAUCUAUCCAUUUGAAGACAGCCCAGGUGGAUCAGUUUUCUAGUAGAAAACCAUUUAGGGCCAUUCAAAACCAUUAGGGCUGAUGGGUAGAGUUAGAGUCUACUCACUGGGGAUUUAUUUGCUGUCUUUUGAAGCUACAAAGCCAAACGAACAAAGCUUGAAACAUAAUGGGACCAUCAUUUAGGUUAUUGUUUGCCUGGAGUCAGAAGAAUCUUUAUAUUUGAAUAUUUAACAGUUGGUUUGCAAAUUUUACUGGCACCUCUUGGUUUUGAGUGAUUCCUCCCCACCAGAUCUUUUGAGAGUUUGGGGGUGGGCUUCUCUGGCCAUUCAGAUAAAGGGCCUUAUCCAUAAGUGGACAGGUUUCCCCAUAGGGACCAUUACACAUAUACAUAUAAGUACAUACUUCCAUCAGGCUUGUAACAAUUGAUUUAAAAUCACUCCACAGUAUUGAUAAAUAGCUCUAUAUUUUCAAGGUGCAGAAGAAUUCCACAGCCUUAAUUAUUUCAGUGUCUUGCUGGUCUGCCUUAAGUGUAUCUUCUGGGUUUUUGGUUGUCUCAUUAUUAAAUUUUUCUGCAGUUGUUCAUUUUGUAUGCACACAAUGUCGUUUUGUAAAGGUAGGUUGUAAAUAUUUUAUUUGUAAGUCAAAAUCACUCAUGUGUAAUGUUGUAAAGUGAUGACUUGCUGUCUUGUUAUUAUCAUUACAGUAAAUGUUCUAAGUUAUGGAUGAAGCUUCAAACUGUACAUCUCAAGUUAUGCAUUCCUAUAAAUAUACUAUAUUAAAGAUUA